AUGAGUGCAGGCACCAGUGCGGCACUGGGCGGCACGGCCGGCUUUGUGGGUGGAUAUGCACUGGGAGGUGGUCACCUCUCGGACGCCACGAUCCAGCACUAACAUAGAAAUAGUGAGAACAAGUAAUACAAACGGCACCACCACCAACGCCACCCCCUCACCUGCACCUUGUUGCGGCACAUACCUAAACAGCUGCAGGCGUAGUUUGAGACCUUGCAGACAGGGUCGUUCGGGCAAUCAGUUGCCGCAGAACUGCCCAGGCUCGCCUCGGUACGCCUGCCUGUGCUGGCACACACAUUGCAGCCAGAUUGUUUGUCACCACUCUGCCCUAAGCCACGUUGAGAAGCACAAGAAGAAGCACAGCGACGUGCGAGUACAGUACGUCAGAAUACCCACAGCAACUACUCUGCACAGCUCUCAUGUUAAGAGUGCAUUAAAGAGAGAUAAGGACUACUUCAGUAUGGUAGAAGAGAAGAAAGUGAUUAAUCGUAAUAAAUACUUAUCCGGAUUGGUCCUAGAAAAACCUCGAUAUUUCGGCUGCCAACUCCA